UUAAAUAUAAUUGUUCAUCAAGAGUUGUUUCAACCCUUCCCCACUAAAAUUCUUGAAACUGCUUUUGAUUUGGGGUUGCAGACAAUGAAGUUUCUAGAUUGGUACUUGAAGAUUGCAUUAGUUUCAGCCACGAUUGGGGGUUCCAUGGAAUUCUUCAUGAUCAAAACUGGCUUCUAUGACAAAGUGACAGUUCUUGAGUCGGAGAAGAGGGCUUGGGAGAAUUCUCCCGAAGCUCAGGCCGUUAGAGAAGCUCUAAAUCCCUGGAGAGAUCAUGAUAAGCAAUCAGGAAAAAGCUCAUAGCUCAUGUUUUUGAAGGUUUGACAUUCUUGUUCCUUUCAAAUACAUUUAGACUGCAUCUUCCCUUCUCAUAGUUAGAUAACUUUGGCCAAAAAAUAAGCUGAUUAAUUACUCCAGGAACAUAUCACUGAAAUAUCAGGCCAGAGUCAUUGGCUUGUUUAACUAUUCAGACAAAUAGGCAAACCAGCAUCAUCCUGGACGCUACACCACUGAGUAAUAUCAUCUCUAUUUUGCCCCGUUGGGUAAUGUGGGAUGAGCAAAUCCUUUUUGGGCAUAGAAAAUCCUUUACCAAGAAUAAGUGUAUUUCUUUUCGAUGUCUGGAAUAAGCAACACUUCCCAUAAUGUUAUGGAUUGAUUUUGUGAAUGAUGUCAAAUAAGUACUAUGUUGUCCUAACUUGUGUCCUUUCGUAUAUGGGCAGUAUAUCGUGGUUCUCCCUUCUUUUUUAUUUAUUAUUUUUUUCUCAAGAUGAUUUGUUAUUAGUACUAGAUGUACAAAAGAUAAUGUCAUUAUGAAAUUAAGGGACUAAUUUUGAGUUCCAUGCAGCAUCUCAAAAAGAUGAUUGAUACUUAUAGAACACUUUUUGGAGUUUAUUUACAAAUUACAUAUACUAAUUAGCUUUCGUUGUCUUUGCAGAAACAUUAUUUGCACUUCAUUACAACAGUGUUACAAAUUUCCUUGUCUUCAUCUUUGAUGUGCGACAAAUUAAAUUAAAAAUAGUUCGUUUUGGUUAUAAUCUGGAAUCAUGUUGAUGAUUCGUUGGUUUUCUUUUGCCGGGAUGAAGUCCUUCAUUUAAAUGAUUUGCUAUAAUGUAUUAUCUCUUGAAGUUUUGGACAUGAUAGGUGGUAGCAUGGCAAGAUUACUUGAUAAAACAGUGCUCGCAUUUUUAUUAAAGUGGAUCGGAUAGAACUGAUUGUGUUGAGGAAGUUAAAUCUUAUUCAUUAUAUUAUUUGGUUGUAUCUAGUAUUGUAUAUCAAACAUACCUUGGAAAUCUUGAUUGCCUUCUUUUGAAGGAUUGAAUAAUAGAAGAAAUGAAGGAGAUGUAUUUUUCUGUUUA